AUGGAAGACUGGAGUCCCACUUCCUGGACAACAAAACCCAUCAAGCAAGAUGUGACCUAUGACGACCCCGAAGCCGUCAAAGCAGCCCUGGAGAAGCUGAAGAAAUUGCCGCCCUUGGUGACGCCGCAGGAGAUUGUCAACCUGAAGAAAUGCCUGCGGAAUGUCGCUCUUGGGAAGGCCUUUGUUCUUCAGGGAGGUGACUGCGCGGAGCUGUUCGACUACUGCAACCAGGACAAGAUUGAGGCCAAGGUGAAGCUCCUGCUGCAGAUGAGUCUGGUCUUGAUUUGGGGAGCCAACAAGCCCGUCGUCCGUAUAGCGCGGAUAGCAGGCCAGUUCGCAAAACCCCGUUCCAGUCCUACCGAGACGGUCGACGGCGUGACGAUGCUGUCCUUCCGAGGCGACAACAUCAACGGCUUCGCUGCCACGCCGGAAUCGCGCAGGCCAGAUCCGUCGCGGCUCGUGUCGGCCUACUUCCACUCGGCCGCAACGCUCAACUACCUCCGAGCUGCCCUGUCCUCGGGCAUCGCGGACCUGCACUCGCCGCUGGACUGGGGCCUGGGUCACGUCAUCACGCCGUCCAUCAAGCAGAAGUACGAACGCAUCGUCAACCGCGUCACCGACUCUCUGCGGUUCAUGCGCACCGUCGGCCUGGACCGAGACCGCGGCGUGCACACGGUCGACAUCUACACGAGCCACGAGGGCCUGUCGCUCGAGUACGAGCAGUGCUUUACGCGUCUCAUGCGACAUCCGCCUGACGCGCUGUCUGAGUCUGAGGAGUCACGUUUCUCCUCUUCGUCGUCGUCCACCGCUCGCCACCGGAGAGCAUCCUCCACCAGCUCACCACCCCCGCGAGGCUACUACGACACAUCAGCACACUUCCUCUGGAUCGGAGACCGCACGCGGCAGGUAAACGGCGCGCACGUCGAGUUCUUCCGGGGCCUGAGCAACCCGAUCGGGAUCAAGAUCGGGCCGACGAUGACGGCGGAGGAGCUGGUGCAGCUGCUGGACACGGUCAAUCCGAGCAAGGAGAUCGGCAAGGUGACGCUGAUCACGCGGUACGGGGCGAGCAAGAUCGCGCAACACCUGCCGGGCCACAUCGCCGCGGUGCAGAAGUCGGGCCACCUGCCCGUGUGGCAAUGCGACCCGAUGCACGGCAACACGCAGUCGACGCCCUCGGGCAUCAAGACGCGCCACUUUUCCGACAUCAUGUCGGAGCUGAAGCAGGCGCUGGAGAUCCACCGCGCGAUGGGCUCGUUCCUGGGUGGCAUGCACCUGGAGCUGACGGGGGAGGCUGUCACCGAGUGCGUCGGCGGCGCAGGCGGCCUGACGGAGGAAGGCCUCAGCGAGCGCUACGAGACGUUCUGCGACCCGCGCCUGAACGAGAAGCAAGCGCUGGAGCUGGCCUUUCUGGUCGCUGGAUUUUACCGCGAGGAGUUGGAGGAGCCGACCGAUAUUUAG